AAGUCAUCAUUCUCACAAUAACCUAUACAUAUACGAUAGUACUGCUGGCUGCACGGACCUGCGUCAGCCGCGUGGGCCUGUGCCCGGUGGACUGGCUGCGGGCUAAGCCGCAGCGAUUGGAGCGCUAAGUGUCGCUUAACCCGUGUGCUCGUGUACAGAUCCAUAGCACGGGACAUACCAAGAGGCUCUGCGAGGAAUCAAGCCUCAGCUGCUGCGAAUUGGUUACCCAAACUGAUUCUAGGGAUCAUCCACAGCUGACAGGGAUCCAGAUUCCACCAAUGCUAUGGUCUAUCUAUAUCUCCGUAGCGGGUCAAGCUGCCGCCCCCGGAGGGUAUUGCAACAUGACUAUAUAAGGCGGUUCUUUUCUUCUUCUUCUCCAGGAUCCCAGAACCCAGACAAGCAACUCCAACCCCAAUCCUCACUACUUACCUAUCCAUUGCAGAUAAACCAUGGGCUCAACACAACCCAGCCUCGAGAGCCUGGGCGCGACCAUCGCCGACCUCACCCACUCUCUCGCCGGUCAGCUCAACGCCGCGGGGCAACCGCAGCCAUCCUUCGCAGCAAAUGCGGCAGCCUCCAUGCCCCCAGACCCAAAGAUCCAGGACGCUCGCAUGAAGCUCCUAGAGACUCUUGAAACCCUGCACCAUUUAGUGACAGGACCCAGCGACUUCUGGUUCCAACAGAGCCUGUUUCCAAACCACGCCCUUCUCACCUUCGACGUCUUCAACACCUUCAACCUCUGGGCCGCAGUGCCCCUCCACGGCUCCGCCAGCUACGCCGACAUCGCCCGCUUCACCGACCUCCCCGAACCGAUCGUGCGCCGCUUCCUCCGGCUCGCCUUCACCAUCUUCGUCUUCGCCGAGGAAGGGGCUCCAGGCAACGAGCGGGUCGUGCACACCGCCGCCUCCGCGCAUAUGGCGCGUUUCCCGUACGCGCAGGCCUUCCUCGCCCAUAAUCUGGAGGAUGUGCGGCCCGCCGCGACGGUGGGGGUGGAGGCGUUGAAGAAGUGGUUUGUGGGGCGUCAUGGGGAGGCGCUACCCCAAGAGGUCACAGCCUGCGCAAUCCCGCUGGCGACGGAUCAUGAUGGCCGGCAGCGGGGCACGGAUCUUUGGGAGUUUUUGGAGAAUUUCGAGCGGCUGCCCGACCAGCCGAGGGGGUUUCGGGCGAAGCGGUUUGCGGAGGCGAUGCAGGGUUUGCGGGAGACGAGUGGAGUCAUGACUGAGGGGGUGCUGAAGCGGUUUGACUGGGGUGGGUUGGGGGAGGCUACUGUUGUGGAUCUCGGAGGUUCAGCCGGACACAUCAGCGUCAUCCUCGCCGAAAACUAUCCCAAGCUCAACCUGAUCGUCCAGGAUCUCGCCGCGGCCCAGUCGGCCUUCGAGGCGAAUAUCAGCUCCACGCCGUUCGGGUCCCGCAUACAGUUUCGUAUUCAUGACUUCUUUGACCUGCAGAGUUGUCCCGCGGAUGUCUUCCUGCUCAAGUCGGUCCUGCAUGACUGGUCCGACAAGUAUGUGCGGCAGAUUGUGCGGAACCUGCUGGGAGUGCUGAAGCCGGGGAAUCACUUGCUCGUCUUUGAUUUCGUGGUGCCCGCGGAGUAUGACGAUGCCCAGAACAAGCUGGCGAUUCCAUUGCCGGUCAGGAAAUCGGUCGCGGCCAUGGAUCUACAGAUGCACGUGGCGUGUAACUCGAAAGAGCGGACCAUCCACGACUGGACAGAUGUGAUUAAGCAAGCCGAUGAUCGCUUUGACUUGCGGGAGGUUUAUCUUCCUGCCGGAUCGCCGUUCGGGAUCCUCGACUUUGUGUUUCGGGGAUGA